AAGAGUGGGCGGAGCAAGCGGCCCCGGAAGGACAGGGCCUGAGUUGGGUAGAAGGACGGGUACGGGUUGAACCGAGCUGUGUAGUCUCUGUGGAGGGAAAGAUGCUGACCAAUAUCUCCAAUGUACUGAGGACCUGCGCUCAGAGAAAUGGAGCUGCAGCUGUCGUGUCGGCACGGACCUAUUCUGACUUCACAACCCAGGCAACGUUUGAAAUAAAGAAAUGUGACGUCUUCAAGCUGGACGAGGCCCCUGCAACUCAGGUGGUUAUGACGCGGGACGAGGGUCUGCAGUACUACCGCACCAUGCAGACUAUGAGGCGGAUGGAGCUGAAGGCCGACCAGCUGUACAAGCAGAAGAUCAUCAGAGGGUUCUGUCAUUUAUAUGACGGCCAGGAAGCUUGUGCUGUUGGUAUCGAGGCAUCGAUUAAUCUAAAAGAUCACCUGAUCACAGCGUACCGCGCACACGGCUACACUUUAACAAGGGGAGGAACCGUCAAGGAGAUCAUGGCUGAACUCACUGGCAGAAGAGGCGGCAUUGCAAAGGGCAAGGGAGGCUCUAUGCAUAUGUAUUGUAAAAAUUUCUAUGGAGGAAAUGGAAUUGUCGGUGCCCAGGUUCCUCUGGGUGCAGGUGUGGCGCUCGCCUGCAAAUAUAAGGGCACAGAUGAGCUUUGUGUCUGUUUGUAUGGUGAUGGUGCUGCCAACCAGGGUCAAAUCUUUGAAACCUACAACAUGGCAGCUCUUUGGAAAUUGCCUCUUAUCUUCAUCUGUGAGAACAACAGGUACGGCAUGGGGACGUCAGUAGAGCGAGCCGCAGCCAGCACCGACUACUUCAAGAGGGGAGAGUUUAUUCCUGGUCUCAGGGUUGACGGUAUGGAUAUUCUGUGUGUUCGGGAAGCAACUAGAUUUGCAGCUGAUCACUGCCGGUCUGGGAAGGGUCCAAUACUCAUGGAGCUACAGACAUACCGUUACCAUGGACACAGUAUGAGCGACCCCGGUGUCAGCUACCGCACACGUGAAGAGAUCCAGGAGGUCCGCAGUAAGAGUGACCCCAUCUCCCUGCUGAAGGACCGCCUUCUCAGCAACAACAUGGCCAGCGUGGAGGAGCUUAAGGAGAUCGAUGUGGAAGUGAGGAAGGAAAUCGAAGAUGCAGCUCAGUUUGCCACCACGGAUCCCGAACCCCCCCUGGAUGAGCUGUGCAACCACAUCUUCUCUAACAGUCCACCAGUGGAGGUGCGCGGCACCAACCCGUGGACCAAACUGAAGUCUCUCAGCUAAAGUCUGAGUUGCUUCGUCAGUUCAACUGUAACUCAAGCCCCCAUACUGUUAUCUGAACACACUUCACAUGAUGCACCUUGUUUGAGUGCAUUAUAUGUGAACUCGCAUAAUGCAUUGUAUCCAGAGCUUUAACCGUUUUUUUAUUGCCACUUUUUAACGAUGAGGGCCAUAAUUUACAAACAUGUUCUCAGAGUUAAACUGACAUUAAUUGGUUCAACUUUCAAGUUUCUUCUUGUAUAACCACUCUAGUCUGUAUGGGGUCUGCAUUCAAACACAGCUAAAACAUCUGGACUUAUUUAUCACUCUUAUUUACUAAUGGUGAGUGGGUUUUUUUUUUUUUUACCCUUUUCAAAUCAACUUUUUCAUUCAUGAUACUUGGAUUACACCAUUUCUGACAUUAAGAUUAAAAUGAAUAUAGUGAAACACAAAACAGUUGGGAGAUGGGUAAUCUGAAGAACAUCGUUGCCACAUUCUCAUUGAAACACGUAUUUAUAUUUUUAAGAUAUUUUGACUGUGAGCCAUAUGAGCAAGAUCCGGUUUAAAUUGCCAGUCCCGAUGAAUUAUCUGAAGUUCCCAUCUAUGAAUUUAAAACUUCAAACAAGUACCUAUGAUGCUUUUCUUAAGCUUCUGUAUUUAAAAGUGUUUUUCUUAAGCGUUAAGUUCUUAAACUUCUGUAUGGAUAGUGUACUCCAUAUUGACCUUUUUGUUGUUACGCUCUGGACAUUGUUGAGGUGCAAUAAAUCUCACUCUUCAUGUCAAACCCA